AUGACUAGAUUUUCCGGCUUCGCAGCAUUCGGUCUUCUACUUUUCCAAUCUCUGGUCACUGCGUCUCCUCGACCAUGCCUCGAUGGUCUUUGUUCUGUUACCCGUCUCAAUAUAACCUCCCAGCAAGUUGCUCGUGAGCUUGGGCCGCUUCUUUCUCGUAACUCCAGUAUCUUUGGCCCUGAUGAUCCUCGUUUCGCCAGCACCACAGCGAGAUAUCAACAAUACCAGCCACCCACUAUCAAGAUGGUCGUUCAGCCUGGAUGUGAAGCAGACAUUCCCAAAAUAGUCAAAUAUUCCAAUGCCAAUAGCAUUCCAUUUCUCACCGUCAACCGUGCUCAUGGCUUGACUGCUACGCUGGGAAAAUUCACCGGCAUGCAAAUUGACAUGGGGAUGCUGAGAGACAUCACCAUCCAAAAAGGAGGAAGUACCGCUAUAUUCCAAGGAGGAGCCUAUGAUGGACAAGUCAUCGAUUAUCUCUGGGACAAAGGCUAUGUUACAACCACUGGAAGCUGUGCUUGUGUCGGUAUGCUUGGCCCUGGUCUCGGUGGCGGUCAUGGCCGCUAUCAAGGAUUCUACGGAAUGAUCAGUGACAAUAUCGUCAAAUUGAAUGUGGUUUUGGCCGAUGGCCAAGCCAUAACUGUCUCUGAAAAAUCCCACCCGGAUUUGCUGUGGGCUAUGAAGGGUGCUGGUCACAAUUUUGGUAUCGUGACCAGCUUUGAGCUUAAGAUUUACCCUCGUCUCGUUGAUACAUGGUACUAUAAGAACUAUCUCUGGAAGCAAGACAAGCUUGAGACUAUGUUCACUGAGCUGAACAAACUGCACCUGAGAGCCAACAAGACCAGAGAGUUGGCCGUCAAUUAUGGUACGUAUGGGGUAAAUGCAAGCAUCAGUACAACUGAGGCCGUUAUCUGGUGGUCGUUUACAUAUGCUGGACCGCAAAAAGAUGCUCAACAGUAUUUCGAUGCUUUCGAUAAAAUUCCAGCGGAAUUCGUUGAAGAUGGGAACGUACCAUACAGCGGAAUUCCCGAUGCUACCGGAAGCGGGGUGGACCAACCUCUCUGUGCUAAAGGCUUCGAACACGUUCAUUCAACCACUUACCUCGAUGUCUGGAAUGUCACCAGCCAGCGACAAAUUUACGAUCUCUUCCAACAGAAGAUCACCCAGCAACCUUUGGUUGCCGGUUCUAUCAUUAUGUUGGAGGACUACUCAACGAUUGGUGUGAAAGCAGUCGACCCCAAGACAUCUGCUUUCCCAUGGCGCGAGAGGAAUCUCAUGACGUUCGUAUCUCCAGUCCUCCCCGUAAGAUUUCAAGCUGACAUAUUCUUCAUCUCUAGUGUUCAUGCAGUGAACUUCCCACCCAAUUCUUCACUCGAUGCAUUUGCUGCCGAGUGGGCAAAAGAGACUCUAGAUCUGUUCAAUAAAGGUUCUGGCAUUCCACCUUCCACUUACGUCAACUAUGCGGCUGGAAAUGAGCCCAUCGAGCAGAUGUAUGGAACUGAGCCUUGGCGUCUUCAGAAGCUUCGUUCGUUGAAGGCUCAGUAUGAUCCUUCGGGGCGAUUCAACUACUAUAACCCCAUUACUCCUGCAAAGUAUUAA